AUGUGGGAGUUCCCGAGGACUCGUUACGCAGACUGUAACGGCUCAGAGGCGAGUGAGGAGACGGAGAUUGCUGUGAAUAUCGGUGGUGUCAAGCACAUUCUCUACGGGGACGUGCUGAACCGAUAUCCCGAGACGCGUUUGGCGGAGCUGGUGAACCGAGCCACGGGUUCCACACAAGAUGAUCUCUGCGCGCUCUGUGAUGACUAUGACGACUCAAAGCAAGAGUUUUACUUCGACAGAGACCCAGAGGCCUUCAAAUGCAUCCUAGAGCUGUAUUGCUACGGAAAGAUUCAUAUGAAGCGAGGAAUCUGUCCCAUGCGCUUCACGAGAGAGAUGGACUAUUGGGGGAUCGACGCGGAGUAUCUGGACGAAUGCUGUAUAUGUAGUUUAAAUGAGGUGCAAACCGAGCUGGCGGAAAUAGCAGAGAAGGUCAAGACCAUCCUGGACGACCUAGAGGAUGAUGCGACGGUCACUAGAGGUCAGAGGUGCCAAGCGUUCCUGUGGAAUCUCAUGGAGAAACCCGAGUCAUCUUUAGCCGCGCGCGUAAUUGCAGUAGUGUCGUUCGCGUUCAUCCUGCUCUCCUCUGUGGUCAUGUGUGUGGGCACCAUCCCGGAGCUCCAAGUGAAAGAUGCCAAGGGUAACCUCGUGGAACACACGACCCUUGAGUCCAUCGAUACGGCUUGUAUCAUCUGGUUCACAGUGGAAUACGUUUUGCGCCUCGUGUCCUCUUCGAACAAACUGCGCUUUGUGUUUUCCUUCAUGAAUAUAGUAGACUUUCUAGCUAUCAUGCCGUUCUACGUAGUGUUGAUUUUGGGUGCUGCUCAAAUGGAGCUGGCCAAUGUGCAACAGGCAGUGCAGGCGUUGCGCAUUUUGCGCAUUGCGCGCAUUUUCAAACUCGCACGCAACUCAUCAGGUCUGCAAACUCUCGCCGUAGCACUAAAAAUCAGCUUGAAAGAGCUGAUCCUGAUGUUCACGUGCAUGAGUGUGGGGAUUUUCUUGUUCUCUGCACUGGGGUACACAGUGGAGCAGAGUCACCCGGAGACCAUGUUCACCAGCAUCCCACAGUCUUUCUGGUGGGCUAUCACUGUCAUGAGCACUGUGGGUUAUGGAGACAUCUAUCCUAAAACAACGCUGGGCAGGUGUAACGCCGCAGCAAGUGUCCUGUGUGGCAUCGUAGCUAUCGCGUUACCAGUUCACCUGAUCAUUAACAACUUCGUCAUUGUUUACAGUAAGCAGCGUGUGCUUGAAACCACUGCGAAGCAUGAGAUCGAACUCAUGGCGUUACGCGCGAAAGAGGAAGAGCAGGAGUGUCCGGAGGCUGCAAAAAUGCCAUCACAGGCUUCGGUUGACUGCAGCUCGGUGUGGGAUAGUACUGGUGCGACUGCGCAACAAAGUGACAGGUAUAUUCCGUACUAUUGA